AUGUCGGUUGGCGCAGCGUCUGUUCCAUCGCAACUGGAACGGGAGUGUCUGACCGACGCGAGCCCAGACUGGGCUCAGCGCCUCCCGAACAGCAUUACUUCGCGCGCGCCCGGGGUGCUGGCGACACACGAGGGUGUCAUGCGCUCGUGCGCACUCGACCAGGCUGGGACUGGUUAG